UUGAGGUACCAUAGUAGAAGAGAGACAAUGGAGUUCAAUACGACGCCGUCAUAUUACGGUAACAGAGCCAGCGAGAGAGGCGCAGGAGGGAAGUUCAAGAAACCGGCGGCGAGGAAACCUCCGGCAACUCCUUACGACCGUCCACAACUGAACCAGACCGGCGGUCGGACCGGCUGGUUAGCGAAACUAGUUGAUCCGGCUUACCGUAUUAUCUCCGGCAGUGCCAUCAGAAUCCUCCCGUCGUUCAUCUCCAAUGCCAUUGCCUCCACUCCUCCUCCUCCUCUUGAAGAAAUUCACAGUGACUUAGAUAAAGAAGAUCCUGCAACAGCACAAGAUGUAGGGAAUGACGAGAAGUGUACUCCAAGUUAUGUGAUAUCCAGAUCUUCUGAAGGAAAGGAAGAGGAUCAAAGAAUGGGAAAAUUGAAUGGGAUAUCCGAAGCAGUGAAGCAGGAAGAAGAGAAACCACAGAAUUCCACUGAUAAAUCUGAGAUUUCCAGAAUUGAGCGGCUCAUGCAGGGGAAAUCAUUUUCAAGGUCCAGACUUGAUGCUGGAUUCCUAUGUCUUGUGGAUGAAAUAAUGCGUUUGACAGAGAUAUUAAACUCAAGGGUUAUUGAUGACCAAGAAAAGAAAACUAGCAAAACAGCUGAAGGAGACAUUGGAAGGUUUCAUUUAACACACGAGACACCUAGAAGACCAUAUCACAGGAAGCAGGAUGAAGCAGAGUUUGCUAUGCCAGGAACUUCAACACCUCUUCCCCAAACAAAUUUUGCUAUGCCAGGAACUUCAACUCCUCUUCCCCAAACAAAUUUUGCUAUGCCAGAAGCUUCAACACCUCUUCCCCAAACAAAUUUUCCUAUGCCAGGAGCUUCAACACCUCUUCCCCAAACAAAUUUUGCUAUGCCAGGAACAUCAACACCUUUUCCCCAAACAAAUGUACAAGAUGAAGUUGGAGCAUCACCUAUUGAUAUUGCAAGAGCUUACAUGGGAAGUCGUAGGUUAGAAAAAGGAUACGAUUCUUGCAGUCUUGUAUCCAAGGGAGAACAAGCUCCACAAAACAGGUUUCAUCCGCCACCUUCGCUUAAGUCAUCGACUUGUUGGCCAGCUGCCAUGCUGCAAGAUCAGCAUAGUCAUAUUACUCCACAGAGUCAGAGAGGAUAUGGGCUUGUUGAGUUUCCGAGGACUCCAUACUCUAGAACUUUAUUGCCGAAAUCCAGAGAUAGGCAGACUCAUUCGCAGACUGGUAGCAGGUGGCCAGAUCUCUCAGCGAAAACCUUCCAACAAUCUCAAUCAUCAAUAUACAGCCAGGAGAAGACUAGGAGUGAUUUACCUCAUCUAAGCUAUGGAUCUGCGGGACCCAUUCGGCGUAUACGGAAUAAAUUUGGCUCAGAAUCUCGGCCUAAGAGAUCCAUAUUCCUGAAUUCCAAAAAUGCUUCUUCACCUUUAGGAAAAAUUGGUGCUUCUGAAGUUUUCUUGCCUGCUGCUAGGAAGAACUUGGAAGUUGGUCAACCUAGUGGUGUCGAGAAGGACCAAUCAGUGGAGCAUAGAGCAGGCAGGUCUGAAGAAGCUAUGCCGUUCAAUGAGACUGUAAGAAAAAUAUUAGAGCAACUUGAUAGACAUAAGCCCACUCCUGCAGAAAAGGAAGCUGAAUUGAAGAUGGCCAGUGAAUGGAAGAAAUAUCCCCGCAAUGAAAUCUCUGAUUCCACUCCAAAUGGUAAAACGAAAUCAUCGCAUUUAGGAGAAUUUGGUAUGCGUAGGAACAAUGGGCUGGCAGCUGCCCGAUCGUCCAAAGAUGGAGAUAUUGGCACAGUCAGUCACGUGGAAAUAUCUCAGGAGCAUGCUAGUGCUAAAGCUUCUAGCAUAGCUGGUGUAUUUGUUGCGACGACUGGAGUUGAUACAGUGCCUUCAUUCACUUUUAAGGAUGCUGAUUCCCAAGUUAAAAAUUUCUUUUCUGGUUCUCGCACUGCAAGUUUGGACCAGGACUCUGCAGGCACUGGUGAUGGACAGAAAGAUAAAGGUACUAUGCUGCAGGACUACGUAGGUACUGAUGAAGGAAAGAAAGAUAAAGGUACUACCCCCCGGUGGCCUUUUCAUAAUCAAAGUAAUGGGCAGAAUGCCACAACGUUAUCCAACUCCACGGGUUUUGAGCUACCAAGAAAUGCUGCUGGACAGGCCUCUGGAACGAAACCUACUUUGCCAUCCAUUUCUAUUAAUAAGCCGAAUCCUAGAAAUGCAACAUUCCCUGACAAUGGGUUUGGAUUCACUUUUCCAGUAGCUGCAUCAUCUGGUGCACUUUCAGAACCACCAACACCGUCCAUCAUGCCAUCGUCCUCAGCCAGUGUCCUCUCUCAGCCCGCGGAUGCAUCCACUGUUCCAGCAUACAGCUUUGGCACGGGAAAAUCAGCUGAACGCCUGGUCUUCUCUUUUCCCUCUACGAGCAAUGUGUCUGUCCCUGUGAAUGCUUCAGAUCUAAAGUAUAGCUUUGGAACUGACAGGAGAUCAAGACUAUCUUUCAGUGCAGUAGGGAAAGCAACAUGCUAGGUGAAACUUGGUAAUACUUCAGCUGCAGGAUCCACCCCAUGAUGGGAGACUUGUUUCAUAAUUUUUUUUUUGUAUUCUCACCCACAUUUAGGAUCUUGAUACUUGUUUUUUGCCACAGCUUUCAUUUUAUAGGAUGGAUGAAUACCUGAUAUUAAAAGUUUCAGUGAACAUGUAAUUGCAGAUUGACUGAUUGUGAAUUGCAAGCUCUAAGCCCCAUUUUAGUAAACAAAUAAUUGGGGAUCGAUUUGAAUAUGGUUGUCUUCUUAUACA